AUGGCGUCACCAGACGCUGGCACGCAGCUUAAAGAGGGUGUGGCCCCCGCAGUAGCGGGUAGCGAUGAGGAGAAUGCAGAUCCCACGAAGGGCAACCUGCUCAAGCUGUGGCAGCAGGGCACGGAGGGCAUCGCCACGCACAGGACCGACAACCUGUUUCAGAGCCUUGAGGAGCGCACAUUGACGGAGGAGGAGCAAAGGAUCAUUGAGCAGCGGGUGGCGCUGCAGCGUAAAAUGUUUGAGGAGUACGAGAAGCGGGAGCGGAAGCGCAAAGUGGCGGAGCUGCAGGAGGUGUGUCCUGACAUCAGCCCGGAGGAGGCAGAACAAGCGCUGGAGAUGUGCGAUGGCAGGGAGGACGAUGCGGCGGCACAGCUGGUUUCAGAUUCUGCCUUCACGCGGCGGGUCAAGGUGUUUGUGGGCGCAUUCAGGGGUAAGGGCUUCAAGCCCCCCCCGAAGGGGCGGCCGCAACUUAAGAAGCCAGGUGGCUCACGUUGUAUGGAGCAGCAUCAGCACGAUGAGCAAGAUGAGCAGGUGCAGGAAGAUGAAGAGACUGAGACGGAGGGGAAAGAGCAGUCUGAAGAAGAGGAGGAGCAGGGCACUGCCUCGCAGCAGACGGUGGAACGACAGCAGCUGGAGACAAUCGAGGGGAUCGAGCAGCAGCACAAGCAGCCAAGUGCAUUGGACGGAGCAGGAGCAGAGGGGCAGCAGCAGCAGGGUGUGCUACUUUGGCCAUCCGCAGCGGGCGCAGCAGGGAGCACAGGGGAGGGAUUCCAGAGGUAUGUGCUGGUGCAAGCAGACACGCUGCAGGCUCCCACCGACUCAGCCCUGCGCGCCGCACGUCGCCAGCUGGGCGAGCCGUCAGAUUCCAGGACUGGCGCUGGCCCUGCGGGCGAUGCAGAGGACCCUGCACCAGCCUCUGCUGCCCGUUCUCGCCCGCUGAAGGCAGUGCCAGAAGAGCCAGGCGAGGGAGUGCCUGAAGAGGGGACAGCAAUGCCAAGUGCGACCAUGCUGGCGGCCCUGUCAAAGCAGCUUGCCAAGCUGGAUGAUGUCAAGGCCAUGGCGCUGUUGCAGCGCAUGCCCACCGACGCUGCUCGGGCGGCGUUGCUGCAGCAGUUAGGCCACGUUGACGCUGCGCGUGCUUCGGCGUGCCGUGCACUGCUGGCAGCAGAUGCCACAGCUGUGGCAUCGGAUCUCGCCGAUGCCGACAUGGCAGAGGCAGGAGUGGGCGACAAGGAGCAGCAGGAAGCUCGCGUAGAGCAGCCGGCAGCUGCCAUGGCAAUGCAGCGCGGCAGCAGCAUGUGGGCAAGAGCAGGGGCUCGCCGAGCAACCAAACGGGCUGCCUCGGCGGCGCUGUCAGAUGAUGAUGAGGAGACGGACGUGGAGGAGUUAGAAGUGUCCAGUGAAGAGGAGGGAAGCAGCGAUGACGACUUUUCGGUUCCGCCACCAUCAUCCCGACGCAAUGGCAAGGCAAACGAUGGCGACGAUGGGCGGCAUGCAGCAGCGCCUGCGCCGCCACGUGUGCGUGCCAUCUCCAGCACCGGCCAUACCUGCAGAGGGCGGGUGAAGCAGAAGAGCCACAAGGCUGCAGACCUGGUGGAGGCAGGGGCGCUGAGGGCGGAGAAGGGCUGGUACAACGCGGGCUAUAUUUUCCCCCAGGGCUUCCAGUCCCGUACCCUCUUCCGCUCCAGUGUGGCCAUUGACCAGCUGUGCGUGCACGAGUGCCACAUUAUCGGCAAGGGGGGCCAGUAUUGGCCGCAGCCCACAUUUAAGGUGGUGGCACUGGACCGCCCCGAUGAGCCGCUCAUUGCCAAAAGCUGCACUGGCUGCUGGACAGGGAUUUUGAAGCGCAUCAAUGCGGAGAUUGAUGCGCGGCGCAAGGCGGGCGAGGAUCUUCCUCCACCGCCCAAGACUGCCAUUGCGGGGCCCGAGUACUUUGGGUUCAACCAACCAAACAUACAGGAGGCUGUAGAGGCUCUGGACCCGAACCACCUUUGCACCGAAUACUGGGCAGGCAAACAGGAUCGACAGCGAGCAGCGGCAGGACUGCCCAUGGCCGCUUCUGCACCUGCGCGUGCGCCCCGCGCUCCCAGGCAGCCCAGCAAUGGCGGCAGCAGGCGCUCUGGCGGCGGCAGCAAGGGGCGCACGCGAUGGCAUGGCAGCAGCGACAGUGAUGAGCUGGCUGACGGCGAUGAGGACGAGACGCAGUUCAUGACCAACAAGUGGAGUGCUGUGAGCCGUGCGGAUCGCUAUCGCAAGCGGCUACAGGACAAUGGGGAGGACACAUCAGUGCUGGACAAGGACAACCCACUACCGCAUUUCAUCGACCCCAUCACCAUGAGCGCUGUGGUGCGCCCCGCCAUCUCGCCCCUUGGAUACGUGGCUGGGCUGGCCACCUGGAAGGUAGUGCUGGCGGAGAAGCAGCAGUGCCCAUUCACCAACCAGCCGCUCCAGUUUGAGCAGCUCAAGCUGCUUACGAAGACUAACAUCCAUCUGCACCGCGCUAAGAUUGUCAAUGGCCAAACAGGAGGAGCGUGCGGACCGAACUAGCAGGGGCAUUGGGUAGGCUGAUGGGGACGCCUGCUGCAGCAGUGAUUUCUGGUUGGCUUGCCCAUUGAUCUUACAACAUGCCCACUAGUCAUUGUCAUACAACAUGUACACUCAGGAUUAUC